UCAGCUCUCUAAAGCCAACUGUCUCUCUCUCCUGUCAAAAAGGAGCUUUCCGUUUUGUCAUCUCAUGAGCUAAAAUACACAUGCCUCGUUCUCUUUCACAGAGAAAAAGGAACACAAAAAAUCACUUCUUCCUCGAUUUGCUUCUCAAAUAAAGAAUUAAUUUUUCCCCCCGUUUUCUUGUAUUAGAAAGAGAAAAAAAAUCUUUUCUCACGGACAAAGCGACAAGCUUUUCUCUCUACACAUGCAUAUCUCUGUGAAGAUAGAACCAUAAAAUACUCAUGCUUUUAUAUUCCCUUUGAUUCUUCUCCACUCCUCUCUCUCAUAAUACACACCAUUCCCUUCAUACCCAGAAGUGAAAACUCAUCCCUUUUGGUUCAAGGAAAGUAUCAUCUGCCUCUGGUUUCUCUCUGAAAUCAAAUGGCCAAUUUGGGAUUAUCUUCUGGGACCAAGUCUGUGAAAUCAGUGAACGUGAGCUUUAGAUUACCAUAUUACACUCAAUGGGGUCAGAGCCUACUUGUCUGCGGUUCUGAACCGAUCCUGGGUUCAUGGGAUGUGAAGAAGGGCUUAUUGUUGAGUCCCGUUCAUGAGGGUGAGGAGCUAAUAUGGUACGGAAGUGUUGCAACUCCAACUGAAUUUAGUUGUGAGUAUAAUUAUUAUGUGGUGGACGAUGAGAAAAAUGUGUUAAGAUGGGAGAUGGGAAAGAGGCGAAAACUUUUACUUUCAAAGGAGAUAAAUGGUGGGGAGACUGUCCAGCUUCAUGAUCUUUGGCAGACUGGUGGUGAUGCUAUCCCUUUCAGAAGUGCCUUCAAAAAUGUUAUCUUUCGCAGAAGUUGGAAUUUGAGCAUAGAAAGACCUCUAGGGGUCCAGAAUAAGUUGGACAAGGAAGACACUGUUCUUGUCCAUUUCAAAAUUUGCUGCCCUAACGUUGAAGAAGAGACAUCAUUAUAUGUGAUUGGCAGCAAUGCAAAAUUAGGCCGGUGGAAUGUCCAGGAGGGACUUAAACUUAGCUAUGCUGGUGACUCAAUUUGGCAAGCAGAUGCUGUUAUGCCAAGGAGUGAAUUCCCAAUAAAAUAUAGGUACUGCAAGUAUAACAAGGCAGGAAACUUUUCUUUGGAAACUGGUCAAAAUCGAGACCUCUCUUUUGACUCUUCAAAAAUUCCACCAAGAUAUAUUUUUCUUUCAGAUGGCAUGUUGCGAGAAAUGCCUUGGAGGGGUGCUGGUGUUGCAAUUCCCAUGUUUUCUGUUAGAUCAGAGAAUGAUCUUGGAGUUGGUGAGUUUCUUGAUCUGAAACUUCUUGUUGAUUGGGCUGUGGAGUCUGGGUUUCAUUUGGUUCAACUUCUGCCGAUCAAUGACACAUCUGUGCAUGGGAUGUGGUGGGAUUCAUAUCCUUACAGCUCACUAUCUGUUUUUGCGUUGCAUCCACUGUACUUGAGAGUACAGGCACUUUCAGAAAACCUGAAAGAGGAUGUCAAGAGAGAGAUUCAGCAAGCUGGAAAAAAAUUGGAUGGAAAGGAUGUUGAUUAUGAGGCCACUAUGGCUGCUAAACUCUCAAUUGCGAAGAAAGUUUUUGCCCAAGAGAAGGAUUUGAUUCUUAACUCCAGUUCCUUUCAGCAAUAUUUCUUAGAGAAUGAGGAAUGGUUAAAACCCUAUGCGGCUUUCUGCUUCUUGCGAGACUUUUUUGAAACUUCAGAUCACAGCCAAUGGGGUCGUUUUUCCCAUUAUUCCAAGGAGAAGCUUGAGAAACUUGUCUCAAAAGACAGCUUGCACUAUGACAUAAUUUGCUUCCAUUAUUAUGUUCAAUUCCACUUGCAUUUGCAGUUGUCAGAAGCUGCAGAAUAUGCAAGAAAGAAUGGAGUGAUAUUGAAAGGAGAUCUACCUAUUGGUGUUGACAGAAACAGUGUGGAUACAUGGGUCUAUCCAAAUCUAUUCCGGAUGAACACAUCUACUGGAGCACCUCCAGAUUACUUUGAUAAAAAUGGACAGAAUUGGGGAUUUCCUACUUAUAAUUGGGAGGAAAUGUCAAAAGAUAACUAUGCUUGGUGGCGUGCUCGUUUAACUCAGAUGGCCAAGUACUUCACAGCAUACCGGAUUGAUCAUAUAUUGGGUUUCUUUAGGAUUUGGGAACUUCCAGAGCAUGCCAUGACUGGCCUAAUAGGAAAAUUCCGACCAUCUAUCCCUCUAAGUCAGGAAGAACUUGAAAAAGAGGGAAUUUGGGAUUUUGAUCGCUUGAGUCGUCCAUAUAUUAUUCAGGAAUUUUUACAGGAAAAAUUUGGAGCUUCAUGGACUUUUAUUGCAGCAAAUUUUAUGAAUGAAUAUCAGAAGGGCCGCUACGAGUUCAAGGAUGACUGUAACACAGAGAAAAAAAUUGCUUACAAAUUGAAGACAUUUGCUGAGAAGUCCAUGUUGUUGGAGAGUGAGGAUAAAAUACGUCAUGGCCUCUUUGAUGUUUUAAAGAAUAUAGUUCUUAUUAGAGAUCCAGAAGACUCAAGGAAAUUCUAUCCCCGUUUCAACCUUGAGGAUACUUCAAGUUUCCAAGAUCUGGAUGAUCACAGUAAAAAUGUUCUGAAAAAAUUGUAUUAUGAUUACUAUUUCCAUCGGCAAGAGAACCUAUGGCGGAAAAAUGCUAUGAAAACUUUGCCUGUCCUCCUGAACUCAUCAGACAUGCUAGCCUGUGGAGAAGAUUUGGGCCUCAUUCCUGCCUGUGUUCAUCCAGUUAUGCAAGAGCUGGGAUUAAUAGGUUUACGAAUUCAACGUAUGCCUAGUGAACCUGAUCUGGAGUUUGGUAUUCCUUCCCAGUACAGCUACAUGACGGUGUGUGCUCCAUCAUGCCAUGAUUGCUCCACUCUGCGUGCUUGGUGGGAAGAAGAUGAAGAAAGAAGAUGUCGAUUCUUCAAGAAUGUGGUGGGGUCCAAUGAACUGCCGCCUAGUCAAUGUACGCCAGAAAUUGCAAAUUUUGUCAUUAGGCUACAUGUUGAAGCUCCAUCAAUGUGGGCAAUUUUCCCUCUUCAGGAUUUGUUGGCCUUAAAAGAAGAGUACACGACUCGUCCUGCAACAGAGGAGACUAUCAAUGAUCCCACCAAUCCCAAGCAUUAUUGGAGAUACCGUGUGCAUGUGACAUUGGAGUCUCUAAUGAAGGAUAAAGAACUCAAAACGAGCAUUAGCAGUCUAAUUCGUGGGAGCGGAAGAUCAUAUCCUGGAAAGGCGGACGAGGGAGGGAAUAAAGGAACAUCUUCCUCAGUUCUGGGGAAGCAGCAGGUUAACAGUAGCGGCGAAACGAGUAUGAUUUCGAUACAAUCAAAUGGAGUUCCAGGAAAGGGGACUUCUGUGUUGUAAGUGCAAUACUGUUGAUGAAGCAUAUGCAUUCUGCUGCAAUCAGACAUGAAAGAGACAUAUCCAAGCUUUGCUAGGAACUGAUACUUUCUGUGGAGUAGGCUGCGUUUGGUUAGAUAGGAAGUGUAAAAGCCAAAGAGAAUGAACUAUGGAGCCCAGAAAGGAAAGUAAAUUUACCUGAAAAAUAAUGUAUUGAGACAAUAAGGUUAUUGUUGUAUUUUCCAAUGUACUUUCUAAGAAAUAAAAAUGCUUUCUGGGAAAAAGUGUUUGAACCAAACAAUUGUAAUUUUUUAGUAAAUUUCCAUUUAGAUGA